AUGGUUGAUGCAACUGAUGCCAAAGAAUCAGGAGGUGAUGGUGCAAUAGACAUGUUUAUGACAGAAGAUCAAAAAAAAGAUUAUAAUGCUAUGGAACAAAUGGGUGGGAAAAAACCGACUAAAGCAUUACCAAGACCGAGAUUUGCUCUUGGACGAUUUCUUUUUGAUGUAACAACAAAUCAAAAAUUUGAUAUAUUUAUAAUGAUAUGUAUUUUUCUUAAUAUGGUUUGUAUGUGUUUUGAACAUCAUAAUCAAAGUCGUACUUAUCAUCUUGUUCUUGAUUAUAUUAAUAAUUUAUUUGUUAUAAUAUUUGCUAUUGAAUGUUUCAUGAAAUUAAUUGCAUUAAAUUUCAAAUAUUUUACUAUUCCAUGGAAUGUAUUUGAUUUUAUUAUUGUAAUUGCAUCUAUUUUUGGACAAGCAUUAGGAGAAAUUAUGGCACAAUUUGCGGUUAAUCCAACAUUAUUACGUGUUGUUCGUGUUGCACGUGUUGGAAGAAUCUUACGUCUUGUAAAAGGUGCAAAAGGUACUCGAACAUUACUUUUUGCAUUAGCUGUUUCAAUGCCUGCUUUAUUUAAUAUCGGAAAAUCAGCUGGUAUAACAGAUUUAUUUAAUUUUGAAACAUUUCCUAAUUCAAUGAUUGUACUUUUUCAAAUGUGUACGACUGCUGGUUGGUCUGGUGUUUUUCAAGCAUUAACAAAUGAUCAUCCACCAGAUUGUGAUCCAACUUUAAAUACACCAUCACAUAAAGGUGAUUGUGUAAUAUUAGAUAAUUUUAAUCAAGCACAAGAAGAUGUAGAACAAGGUUUAACCGAUGAUGAUUAUGAUAUGUAUUAUGAAAAAUGGCAACGAUUUGAUCCAUCAGGUUCACAAUUUAUACAAUAUGAUCAAUUAUCAGAUUUUAUUGAUGAUCUUGAACUACCAUUACGUAUUCCUAAACCAAAUCAUUUAAUACUUGUUCGUAUGAAUUUACCAAUCUGUGAAAAUGAUCGUAUGCAUUGUGUUGAUAUACUUGAUGCUCUUACAAAAUAUUUCCUUGGUACACUUGAUACAGAGAUAGCAAGUAAUGAAACUGAUGCACCAAUUGAUAUAAAAAAAGAUCGGCCUAAAGAUUAUCAUCCAAUAUCAACAACAAUACAACGACAACGUGAACUUUAUUUAAGUCGUUUAAGCUUAAAACGUUUUCGGAACAAUGUUGAACGACGUCAAAAUGAACAAAAACAUCAAGAAUUAACAUUUGAAAAUAUUACAAUUGAUGAACAUAAUGAAUCAAAUGAGUUAAAGACAAUAAAAUUCGUAUCGAACGAUAAUCAAAGUCAUGAAAAAAAUUUAAAAAUGUCGAUAUAA